UGGGUUCGCGUCGCGACUUGUUUGUAUACGAUUCGCUAGUGCAAAUAUAAUAAGUACAUCUAAUAAUGCAAGGAAACAUAAAAAGAGUAAAAGUUGUCGGCACUUGAAACUAAAUAAAGUUAUUGAAGCGUCAUAAAAUGCAUUGUAUAAAACGUUACAGUGAAAUGAUGAAUUGGUAGUUGUCCAAUAAAUCUUACAUGCAUACCCGUAUGUGUAUAUUUGUGAGUGUGUGUGUUUGUGUUAGUGUAUAAUUGUAUACAUAGUAUGCAGUAAACAAGACGAGCGUAUUAUUUAGUGAAAUUUUUGCUUCCAACUAAAUUUCGAAGUUUUCAAAACGACAACGCGCAAAAGGUUUUUGCGUUAAGUUUUGUGCUUGUGUUUUAAUAUUAAUACAAUUGCAGUAAAACAGCGCAGACAGACAUGUAUACGUAUAUGUGCAUAUGUAUACACUACGUACUUAUUGGAUUAUAAAAACGAAAAUAACUGAAUUCCGAAGCGCUUCCAAUUCGAAUAUCUUCCAAUAAGAUUGUGCCAAACAAAAAACUAAUCUGAAUGUCGUCGCACUUACUGGAGUUUCUCGUCAUUUAAAUUAUCCAAAAUUUACGGUUUCCGAUCGAUUUUCCUAUUUUUAUUUAUAUAUACAUUUUUUUUUUCUGUCUCCAAAGUUUGUCAAUUGACUUGGCCAAAUAAGCACCAGAAAGCGUUGUGCCCGAAUAAACAACAAAUAAUAUUAGAUUUGAACGCCCAACAUAAAACAUUCAAAAAACAUUUCGUGUCCGUGUUAGGGCCCAGUCGGUGUAUCUUUUGAAUUGUGGCCGAUGUAAUUUGGACAAAGCAACGCAGCUUUAAAGCGCUGCCGCUUAUCCAAGGCCUACUUCAUCAUCAACCAUCGACCGAUCCUUGCCCACCUGCCACAUCAACAACAACAACAUCAACAAACAAACAGCAACAUCAACAUCAACAACAACAGCAACAGCAACAGCAACAGCAACAGCAACAUCAACAUCAACAAACAACAGCAACAACAUCUAACAAAACUAUACGUCAUAGCUGAUAACAAUGAAUCUAAAUCAACACAGUGGACCUGGCCCGCCAGCGUGCAGCAGCAGCACCACCAGCAAUACCAGCUGUAGUAGUAGUAGUAGUAUUAAUAACAACACUAAUAUUCAUAAGUCUUGUGAUCAAGUGGAUGCAACGCCGAACUUGUGGCGCGACAGCAGCACAUCGGGCAUGUGCUCAGUGGCUCAUCGAGUGGGCGAGCCGUCGACCGAGUUGUCAACUGGCGUGCUCAAUAACAGUGUUAUUGCUAACACUAACCGGAGUACCAAAGGUAGCAACUACGAACAUCCACCGGCAGCUGUUAUGCGUACAAUAUCAUCGGAUCGCCUUGUCACUGGGCCCUCCUGUCGUGCUCUACGUACUGCCGUCUCCGCAUUGUAUUCUGUCGAUGACUUUGUCAAGGAAAAAAUCGGUUCAGGGUUUUUCUCUGAAGUUUACAGGGUCACUCAUCGCACAACUGGACAAGUAAUGGUGCUGAAAAUGAAUCAAUUGCGCGCCAAUCGGCCAAACAUGUUGCGAGAAGUUCAGUUGCUUAACAAAUUAUCUCAUGCUAACAUAUUGAGUUUUAUGGGCGUGUGUGUGCAAGAGGGACAACUGCAUGCCCUGACGGAAUAUAUCAACGGCGGCUCACUGGAGCAACUCCUGGCUAAUCAAGAGUUGUUUCUUAGCGCCGCUCAGAAAGUAAGACUGGCCCUUGGUAUCGCGAGAGGAAUGACUUAUGUACACGAUGCGGGCAUUUUUCAUCGGGACUUAACCAGCAAGAACGUGCUAAUACGCUUUCUGCCAGAUGGUCAAUAUGAAGCUGUUGUCGGUGACUUUGGACUAGCAGCAAAGAUUCCAGUGAAGUCCGGCAAAUCACGUUUGGAGACAGUUGGCUCACCGUACUGGGUCAGUCCGGAGUGUUUGAAGGGCCAAUGGUAUGAUCAGACAAGCGACGUAUUUUCAUUUGGAAUUAUUCAAUGUGAAAUAAUCGCGCGCAUCGAAGCUGAUCCAGACUUGAUGCCGCGCACUGCUUCAUUUGGCCUUGAUUACCUGGCAUUCGUUGAACUCUGUCCAAUGGACACUCCACCUGUAUUUUUAAGGCUGGCUUUCUAUUGUUGUCUAUACGAUCCCAAAAGUCGACCUACAUUCAGUGACGCAACUAAAAAGCUGACACUACUCUUGGAGAAGUGCGAACAGGAGUCGAGGUGUGCGAGUCCCUUGAGCUCAUUGGAGCUAAUCAAUUGUUCGCCGAAUGGUAGCGAUAUUGAGAAUGCAAUCACAUUGGUCAACACGCCGUCAACUGUCGAAAGUAUAUUUACAGCCCCGGCGGGUGUGUUGACACCGCGCUACCAGAGGGGCGUGGAUGAAGACGGUUUUCGUUUUCCCAGUACAGGAAUAAGUUGUAAAUCAGCUUCGGCAGCUCUGCCAGGCACACCCAACUGGUUGGCCGACAGUGCUGAAUAUGACGAUGAACACAUUUUGAAGUCACGCGUUCGCCGUGCCACACAGAAGCUAGAAGCAGAAAUUUUGCUGCACCGUCGUUCACUAAGCGAGAACAUAAUACAUUUUCCACUGCAUACAUCACCCAGUGACAAAGCGCGAUGUCAUCAAAUGCAGCGACAACGAUCUUCAACGCACUCACCGACACCACCACGUCAACUGGGUGACCCACAAACAGCAGCGGUCAUUUUACCAACAACCACACCAACAACGAAGAUAUCGGAAUCACCCUCGAUAUUGCCGCUGGUGCCGGCGGUUUUAACGCUGCGAAAAGUCGGUGAAACAAUGUGCCUUAAAGAUCCGCAAUACAAACCAUCGGCAACGAAGGAUCAUAACGGUGUCAAACCGAAUCCCUUCACGGCGCUAGCUCAGCUUCGAGGUGUUAAGAAGAUAUUAGGCGCCAAUCCAAAGACAUACGCAGCUGGCGUGGGCGACUUGUUUAGCUCGUGCUUUGAAAUGUCAGCGCCGUUUUUUAAAGAGCUCGUCGCAAUGCAAGCUAAGAAUGUGGCAACAGGCACAGAACUUGAACACAAUCCGAGCGGUGCGACAACAACAGCUAAUUCUACCGAACCAAAGAGCCUACCUGCAUCCCCGCAGCUAACGCGUAAAUACAGCGCUAUUGAACUGAAAUUGCCACAACGAAACAACAAUAUGGUAGCUAGUGAGACGCCUGCAGCAGCUCCGCUUGUAACACCUGUUCUUACCGAUAUCGACGACUGUGACUAUUGUAACUCAGAGGGCGAAGAUCUGGAUGGAGGUGGCAACUGCGCCGAUGCUGAAUCGAGCAGUGACGAUAGUGCUGUCCGACCCUCUGUAAUGCCAGUGGCACGCAAAUACCGCGCCAACUCACUCUACACACAUCCGCUUUUUCGAGGCAGUAGUGGAACUAUUAUAAAGUACAGCAACAGCGAACUUGAAGCAGCGCCCUUAUUGAAGACAAGCAAUUCCGCCAACACAUUAACAUCUUUGAAUUUAACCACAACUGAUAUGAUUUCGAGCAAUAAUCAGGUUGAUUACUGCAAGCAGCUAUCACAGAGUAGCUUAUCAGAAAAGGAUGUUAUUUCGAAAUCUCCACCGCCCGAAGAAAUUCCAGCUACUGUUCCUGCACCCACAGACUUUGAACUUAAUGGACUGAAAAAUUCGUGCGACUUGCUGCCUACGAAAAGAAAUUUGACCCGGCGCGAUUCCAUCGAAAGUGGUUUCUUCUCGUGCUUCAAUGAGGAAUCAGAUGCAGCUACCACAAACACGAGUUACACACGGCAGUUGUGCGGCAUCGGAUCACUAGUUGUUGGCAGCGGCAGCAGCAGCAGUUGCUGCUACGACCAAUUAAAAUCAUUAAACUUGGCUAAUAAUAAACUUAAUGAUAAAUUGGCAAGUCUGUGUCGAUGCUGUUAUUAUGCAACGCCUUCAUCAACUAGCGCGAUUGUGGCUGCUGCAGCUGCCACACAACAACAACAUCACAGUGAUUCACCCACAACGUCAUCAUCCGUGUUGUUUAUAGAGAACGAACCUCCGACCAUCACAGGUGGUGGUAAUACAUCGUCGUCGACAGCACUGGACUCUACAGACGAAUUGGAUGCCGAAAUUAUAGCUCCGCCCACACAUCAUCGGCGUUACACCUGUCACCAUUCGUUGGUGAGCGCCAAUGUUAGCGAUUCGCAAAUGACAGCGACAACUGCUGGCAUAAUCAAUCGAUUGGCACUUGAUUCAGAGAUACAUUCGCUGUUGCAACGCAGUCCGUUUGCCACAAAUCAAUUGCUGUAUUGCAAAAAUCGCACAUCAUCCAUCUACACAGACAGUUCGGAUGACAUCAGCUCAGAUUCGCUGCUCUGGGAUGAUCGCUCCUUUACCGCAUUGCCAAGUACACGUUCCGCUCAGAUAGCCAAAAUAGUCGAGUACUUCGAAAGGAAACGGCACGAUUCAUUGCCAGCGUCAGUGUACAAUCGAAAUGGCAAUGGCACUGUGGCAGCUGCUGUUGCUGCCUCAGCGCUGGGCUCCAACUAUAUGUCAUACGAGUCACACAGAUACUCGGACUUUAAACGGCACUUAAAUCCCGAUUCGUUUUGCUUUGAAUUGGACAAGAAGCCGCAACAACAGCGUAUUAUGGUCUGUGAAGGAGCUGUGAAAUCAAAAUUGUCCAUUUUCGACAAGAAAAAGCAGCAACAUCAGCAGCAGCAGCAACAACAACAUCAGCAGCAGCAGCAGCAGCAACAACAACAGCAACAAUCAAUGGGCACUGGACAAGGUGGUUAGCCAUAUUGAUUUCAUUUUCAAUUUUUAUCCUUUUUAAGCCAUUUUCAAAAUGUUGGCAAUUUUUUUAUUUUAAUUUUCGGGAUUGUAUUUAGGAAAAUGUCCUUAACAUUUGAGAGCUGGAUCAGAAUAUAUCAGAGUUUGCACACGAAAUGUCUAGUUGUAAAGAAUUUUGGUACUGGCUCUAUCUGUCUCUCUUUGUCUGGUUUUCCAUUCAAUUACGAUAAUUGAUUCACCGAUUAAAUAUUAGCACUACAAUACUAUUUAACAUAUACACAUAAACAUAUAUAAAUAUAUUUUUAUAAUAGAAUUAGAAGUUAACUAUAAUUAGGCCCA